GUAACAAAUAAAGGAUACAAAACUGCGCUCAGCCGGUUGAUUGUAAGCCUGGGAGUAAAUAAACUUCUAUGUCCAUCAAAGAUCGAGGACAUCAAACGACAGUAUUGACAAUGAUGGAAGCAGUGGGCAUGAGAAAAGAAAUGGAAAAGGGUGCAUAAACUGAGUCGAUUGCUCAGCGCCUCUUCUACCAAAUAUCUUGAUUUAGCUUGCUGAUAGGCAGACAAGCAAUACACUCAGGCAAACCUGGAAGGCCUCGCUUCCUGUUCGGGUAGAUAUAAUGCUGAUAAAAUUGUCCAACAGCCAGCAAUUCCCUUACGUAUAGAGAACCCGGGCUGCACCUCACUAGCCUCCAUCGCCGACUCCAUACAAUAAGGUCCAAGAUGUCUCGUAGACCUGGGUCAUCAAUCCCUCCCCCUGAGAACCAGUCUAGCAAUCGCCGGAGUGAAGGCCUCGGUCUGGGCAGCGGCCAAUAUUUUGAGUGGCCAUUUGUGUUCGCAACCCAAGCCGGCAAAGAUCCGAUUCCAAAGUAUUCCCACCGCUCUGAAUGGAACAAUUGCUGCGCAGCGCGCCCGGCCUGGCUCCCAAAAGAUAAGCCAUCUUCCCGUGCCAACCGCGCGGUCGACGGGCGCGGCCCCGGGCCGAGAAAGCCGGAAAGCAACUCGACCGCCACGCAGCGACCGGAUAUGGUUGUGGAGCUAGCCCUCCACGGCCUGCACAAGGCCCUGUGCAGCGCUCUCGUGCUAUUCCAGUCCUACAGCGUGUCCUUCGACGGCAGGGUCCAGCAACUGGCAGGCUGGGCAGAUGACUCCUCAUUAGACCUGCUGUGGCGCAACAUGAUCGCAGACAUGUUCCGGAAGAAGGGCGAGAUGGAGAAGUUCAACGACGGGGGCGAGAAGAUCAGCGCUAGCCUCGAGGCCGUGAGACAAGCCGCCAAAGGAGAGCAUGCUACGAAGACGUAUAAGCAGCAUCACAGUCUCGAGCGCCGGCUGCGGGCUGCCCACAAGGCGGUAGCCCACUGCGAGGCCAUCGUCAAGCUAGCGGAGCGAGUCGAGAACGAGAGGAUGGCGGGCAUAUUCGUCAUCGAGGAGAUAAUGGAUGCCGUAGCCAUGUUGGAUCCAAAGACGCAUCCUCAGCUCUAUGGCGAUGAGGAUGAGAACAAAGGGAAGGGAAGCGAGCAAGCCAGAGCGCAGGACUAUGGCAACGAGCCUUCCGUCUGGAAUGGGUCCAGUGCCAAUCCCCCACAGGAUGAGAACGAGAACGGUUCAUGGGGCGAUGGUAACCAGGACCAGUAAUUGUAUCUGAGAGAGGCCAGUCAUCAAAGUUGGUCACUCAGCUCAGGGUGUGACGAGAGGGAUAGGCUGCCAGGCAGAAGUUGUUAGCAGUAUCGUUUUCCCGGGCUGUUGAUGAAUGACAGAUAAAACCACUGG